AUGAUGAAGCAAGAUGAAUCUGUUUUGAAGACACUUGAAAAGAAAACAACUCAAGAAAUCAGACAGAGUCCAAGAUUACAUAAAACAAAAACGAAAAAGUCGAUGAAGCAAGAAAAAUCUGUUUUCAAGACACCUGAAAAGAAAACAACUCAAGAAAUCAGACAGAGUCCAAGACUUAAAAUGAUUGAAUACAAAAAAUCUGUGACUCCUAUUAAAGUUGAAGAUAGCCUUGUAAAGAAAGAAUCUGAUGAAAAAAUAACAGACAUAACACCAGAACUUGUUCAUGAUUUGCUUGGAAUUCCUCUAGGUGGAAAAGAUAUAUAUAACACUGAUCAAUGUGAAGGAAAAGAAUUAAUGGACUGGAAGCAACAAUACAAUUUCAAGGCUAUGAGACCAUCGGAUGUUGAAGAGAAAAUUAAAGAAUCAUCAGAUUCAGGGAUUAUUUUCAGAACAAACUUUGUAUUACUGUUUGUUAAUACCAUUUGUGAACAGAAUAAGCCUGGAACUUGUAAGACAACAGUAUUGCCACAUUUGUUAGGCAAAACACCUAUGAGAGAAAUUGACUGGUGUGGUUUUAUAACCAAUUGCUUGAAAAUGUCAAAGACGAAACGGGAUGAAACCGAUAGAGGAAACUACUAUUGUGGGUCACUUCUUGUAUUAUUGCUAGCUUAUUUGGAGUUUAUGAGAAAUGAUAAGAAUGAAAAAAGACAAAUACAUGCACUACAUUUUUGGGAUUAUGAAAUGAUGGUGAAAAGGGAAAAAGCUGAGUUAAAGAGUGGUGACUUUGGAACUUUGGAAUGGAAUGAUGAUGUUAUAGAGAAUGAUGAAGAAUCCGACACCGAUGAAAAUGAAGAUAUGAAACUCGAUGAAUUGGUAUUCAAAGCGAAAAAUGAUUACAAAAAACUAGUGAAUGAUAAAAUGAAGUUUGGAAAGUUAAUUGAGUUUUCAACAACAAAAUUCACAGAAAGCGAUGAGUUGAAAGAUAUGAAGAAAGUCUUUGAACAAGAAUUCAUUUAUAAAACUCAAAAUGAAGAUGAUGCAAAAGGUGACAGGGAUGAAGAUGAAAAAAAAAGCGAAGAGAAUUUGAAUGAACAUGAAAUAAAGAAUCAAACAAUCAUGGUAACACCAGGAAAUUUGUACAAUGAUCCAAUAGUGCAUGAGAUUGCUGAUUCUAUUCAAUGUAUUUUAAAUUUUGAGAAUUAUGAUGAUUUUGAAAAUGUAAAAAGUUUUAGAGAACAAAAAAUAGAUGAUAAAAAAAAGAAAAAAAAUACUAGAAAAUCAUCAAUGCCUAGUUUUUCACUUGGACUUGGUCUUGGUCUAACACAAGAGUUUCAUGAAGGAGAUGAAAGCAGUGAAGAUGAACACAUGAAGAAAGAAAUAAAAGAUGAAAAACUUGAUGAAGGAGAAAGUUAUGAUUCAGAAGAAACAGAAUGUGACAAUAAUAUCUUGGGAAUUGAAGAUGAUGAAGACAAAAAAAGAGAAAGACAGUUCAUAUUUGACAAAAAUAUCCCUUUCAAUCAAAGAUUUGAUAAAUUUGAGUCAAAUAUCAAAGAUGCAAUGAAAAAGGACAAAGAACUUCUGCCAUUUGAAAAAGUUCACUUGGUGUUUUUACCAGUUCAUCAAAAAAAUCACUUUUACAUCAUCUGCAUAAACUUAGAGGAACCAGCGGUUGAUGUCAUUGACAAUAGGAAUUCAGUUGCAAAGUUUUCUAGAGCUUAUCGUGAUGCACCUAAUGAAUUGGUACUUGAUGAGGGUCAAUCACAAAUCAGCUUUAACUUUGGAGGGUGUUGA